UAGAAGAUUGAGUACAAAUAAAAAUGAGAAUGCAAAUUAAUACAAAAUUAAGAGAAAAGGAACUAUGAAAGCUUCAAAGUUCAAACCAAGACGUGAGAAAUGGAGAAUUUUUGUAGUAUAAUUAAUUUAAAAAAAGGUCAAACUAGAACAGCGGCCUUUUGAAAGUUUUAAGGUCGACGAGUCAAAAACAGGAGAGCAAGUAAAAAGGUUUACUCCUAAAAUCCCAAGAAAGAUUGAGAUUUGUCUGUCUGUGUAAUUGAAUCUGGAAAAACAAAAGCAAAUGAUGAAAGAAGAAGUUAAUGGGAGUCGAAGCUGUGCUGUGCAAGGAGGUUGCCCCUCCGAUUACAUAGCUAUUUCCAUAGCCAUCCUCGCCUUCUUCUUGCUUCUUUCAAGGUUACUUUUUCCCUUUUUGAUCCACAAGAUCCCUCGUACUAAUGGCAGUGGCUUCUGGAUUCCAGUUAUUCAAGUGUUUGGCAGCUUUAACCUUUUGUUAUCAAUUGUGAUGUCUAUCAAUUUCCUGAAAUUUGAAAAGAGUCACUGGUGGCAGUCUUGCUAUGUUUGGGCAGUUUGGAUUGAAGGUCCUCUUGGAUUUGGUUUGCUACUGAGUUGCCGAAUAGCCCAAGCUUUCCAACUGCAUCAUAUAUUUGUCAAGAGGCAAUUACCACCAAUUAGAUCUUAUUUUUUUCUUCCUCUGAUUCUCUUGCCAUGGGUUGCCGGAGCUGCAUUCGUCCAUGUGAAGAGACCUUUGAAUGAUCGGUGCCACAUGGGGACUCAUUGGAUCGUUCCAGUUGUGUGCCUUCACACAAUAUAUGUUGCUGCUCUGGUUGGAUUCACAUGGGCAAUUCGGCAUAUAGAGUUCAGGUUUAAUGAACUCAAAGACUUAUGGCAGGGGAUACUUGUUUCGUCUUUAUCUAUUGGGAUAUGGUUUGCUGCUUAUAUUUCAAAUGAAACUCGUGAUGACAUCUGGUGGCUCCAAGUUGCCUCCAGAAUUUUGCUUUUGAUAACAGCAAGCGUACUGGUUCUGUUUUUCUUCUCUAUAUCAAGUUCACAGCCUUUGCUCUCACAAAUUAGCUUGAGGAAAAGAGAACCUUUAGAAUUUCAAACAAUGGGUCAAGCUCUGGGUAUACCUGAUAGUGGACUGCUAUUGCAAAUAGAUUCUGUUCCGGUCAUAGAUCCUAACGAACCACUCGACAAGCUUCUUCUCAACAAAAGAUUCCGCCAGUCUUUUAUGGCAUUUGCUGACAGCUGCUUGGCGGGGGAGAGCGUGCAUUUCUAUAAUGAAGUGCAUGAACAUGAUAAAAUUCCUGUAGAUGACCCUGUAAGAAGGAUCUACAUGGCACGACAUAUUAUUGAGAAGUAUAUUGUUGCAGGUGCAUCAAUGGAGGUGAACAUAUCUUAUCGAACACGACAAGAAAUACUGACCACCACCAAUUUGGCACACCCUGAUUUGUUUAAUAAUGCACUAAAUGAACUGAUGCAGCUGAUGAAGACGAACUUGGUAAAGGAUUACUGGUCAUCCAUGUUUUUCAUCAAGUUCAAAGAGGCCAAUAUGAGAUUCAAUGGCCAUGAGCAGGAAUCGAUGGCAGGGUGGAACUUCUCUCCUCGAUUGAGUUCAGUGCGUGGUGCUGAUGAUCCAUUCCACCAAGAACAUGUUUUAAAGGGCUUCGGCUGUGAUAAUCGUGACUUGGACACACAAUGAUCGAAGAACACAAAUUGCUUAAACUGGUGCACUUCGCAUAUGUUCCAGGAUGCAUUAUACUGAGUGGUCAUAAUCAAUGGUCUGCAAAUGGAUCGGAAUCCACAUAUGCCCACAAAAAGACAACUAGGGUAGGUGAGCUAAUAUUGAGGUGGCAAAUCAAUUUAUGCACUCGAGUUGUACAGAUUAGGAAUCCAUCACAUAUUGCAAGGAUCAUACUUCUAACUGUAGCGUUCAAGGUUGUAUUAGGUCAAAAUGCAUUACUUGGGCCAGCUCAAGCCCGAACUUGCAUCAGAUUUGAACAGUGACAUCAUGGAAGCAAGAUAUAGCUCAUCAGAUUCUAACC